AUGGCAUCUCUAUCAUCUAUACAACAUGGAUUUCGCUUGGCUGUGGAGGGAUGUGGGCAUGGAAAAUUGCAUGAUAUCUACGCUUCUGUGCGCACAGCUGCACAAAGCAAAGCAUGGGAUGGAGUCGAUCUACUUAUAAUUGGAGGCGAUUUUCAAGCUGUCAGGAACUCCAACGAUAUGGCUUGUAUGGCUGUACCACCGAGAUACAAGCAAAUAGGGGACUUUCAUGAAUAUUAUAGUGGUGCUCGCGUUGCCCCUUACCUAACUAUCUUUGUGGGCGGCAACCACGAGGCGAGUAAUCAUCUUUCAGAACUGUACUACGGUGGCUGGGUCGCGCCUAAAAUUUAUUACCUUGGUGCUGCAAAUGUCAUUCACUGUGGCCCCUUGAGGAUCGCUGGUAUGUCGGGAAUUUGGAAAGGCCCUCAUUAUCGCCUGCCACAUUUUGAGAGACUACCGUAUGACAACGAUGCUCUGCGCUCUAUCUACCAUGUCAGAGAGAUUGAUAUCCGCAAAUUGCUGCAACUCCGAACUCAAGUGGACGUUGGUGUUAGCCAUGAUUGGCCACAAGCGAUUGAAUGGAGCGGAGAUUACAAUGGUUUAUUUAGAAGAAAGUGGCAUUUUAGGGAGGACGCAGAAACCGGAAAGCUUGGAAGUCCUGCCGCAAAAUAUGUCCUAGAUCGCCUGCGGCCUGCCCAUUGGUUCUCUGCGCAUUUACAUGUGAGAUAUACUGCCAAGUUCGAGCAUACCGUCUAUAUACCCCCUAGGGUGGUAAAUACCCGCAAGUAUAAUACUCCACCCCAAACACAGCAGAUGCGAGAAGCAGCACUUAUACCUGAUGCAGAACCUCCUAAGCAGGAGGAAGUUUCUGAGCCCAUAACAGAGGUCAUUAUGGAAACUCCAGAUACCGAGGCCUGUUCCCACAGUACGACUGGUGGCCAGGUACUCCAUAACGAGCAAGAGCGAAUCAAUGCCUGGAGGGGCUUUCAUGAGGUCGCGUCAAAACGAGAAGCUCAGGAAAAUGCCGAAUAUUUAAAGUCUGCCGAUGAGUUUAGACGUCUCGUCGAAGCUGGAGAGAUCGAGAAACCGAGGUCCCAGGUCAACUAUCAGGUUACAUGGAAAAAGGUUGUGACCGACGAUAACCUUUCGAGAGACGUCACCGAUGUAGUGAGGUCUACUAUCAACUGUGAGACUGGCAAAGACCAAAAUCGACCUUCUUGCGAUGUGAAAAAUGAAGACGAGAUUGAUAUAGAGAUGGAUUCUGCGUCAGAAAAAGGAGAAACAACCCACAAAUCGCCAAAACAGAAUCACACCAUGCAAAUUGAAAACCCGUUACCUACAGCGGUAGAGGAUGUAUCAGCAGAGCUCCGGAGCCAGCUACCCGCCAGUUUUCAGAAGCCUGCUAUUCCAAAGGAACAUUUCGCUGAAAAGGCCCUAGUAGAAGAGGCUUUACCAGAGAGUAUUGGCAACAAAAUUACGGAAUUUCUAUCUUUGGAUAAGUGUGAGGGAGAGAAAGAGUGCAUUGAGUUACUAGAAGUGUUUCCUAUCUCUGCAUCCCCUACAGCAGGUAUCGAACGUCCCUACCAGCUUGCUUAUGACAAGGAAUGGCUCGCUAUAACUCGGGUAUUCGCAGAUAAUAUCCAAAUAGGGGGCCACGAGGCGGGUACAGCAGAUAACCCAGGCGCUCUUUUCUAUAAAGAAAAGAUCAUCGAGGAGGAAAAGUGGGUUGAAGAUAACAUCGUCAAGCAUGGAAAAAUGAUUGUUCCCGAGAACUUCACUGUCACAGCCCCUGUCUACGACCCAUCCGUCCCAGUCACCACGCAUGAACAGCCCUUUGAAUACUCAAACCCCCAGACCUCUGCCUUCUGUGAAAUGCUCGGCAUUCACAACCCGCUCCGGCUAUCCGACGAGAAGCGCCGUGAGCAAGAAGAUGCCAUAGUUCAAGCUAACGAGCGACGUCAAUGGGAUCCGGAGCCUUACUACGGUCGUGGACGGGGUCACUGGGGAAGACGUGGUGGCCGGGGCAACCGUGGCACUCCUUAUGGCAAUGGAUAUGGACACCCGCGCGGUGGGCGAGGAAACCGUCGUGGGGGACGAGGCAGAGGGCGCGGCUAA